AUGAUUAAAUCAUUAAGGUCAAUGAAAAAAGUAUGUACCGGUAGUAAUAUCAUAACAAAACCUUUGCAUUCACCAAUGUUAUAUUGUGCUCAUCAAAGUCAAUUGGGAAGUGGAGCAUUCUUGAAUAUCUGUGCAUCAUGUAAUAGUAAUGAUAAAUGUUAUAAGGAUAGUUGUAGUAUGGCAAAUGGAUGCAAACAUGAACAAAUAAAUUGCUCUGGAAAUGAUAAGUGUAUUAAUUAUAGUUGCCAUCCUUCACUUGGAUGUAUUGAAACACCAAAGAGCUGUGAUGACAACAAUCCCAGUACUGUGGAUUUGUGUAUUAGUCAAUCGGGCUGCAUUAAUCUACCAUUUAUUUGUUCAACAAGUUCCGUUUGUCCAAAUAAUACCAAUCCUUGUGUCACUCAAUUUAUAAAUUCGGCUGGACAAUGCUGCCAACAUGAGAGUCUUGACUGUGACGACUACAAUCCGUGCACCGACGAUAGUUGCUCUGGAGGCGGAUGCCAACACACUCCAGUCACAUGUAAUGAUAAUAAUCCAUGUACCAUCGACCAAUGUUCAUCGACCACGGGUCUCUGCCAAUUCACCGCCAAGUCAUGUGAUGACAACAAUAUGUGUACACUAGACACCUGUAAUUCUAAUGCGGUCAACGGAAAUGAGUGUGUCCACACACCGAUUUCCUGCGACGACAACAAUCCCAACACGAUCGACGAAUGUCAUAUCAAGAUUGGAUGCGUUCACCAUGCCGCUAACACCUGCGAAGACAACAACAGGUGUACCAUCGACACUAUGAACUCUACAUCUGGAGAAUGCCAAUACACUCGAAAGAACUGUGGAGUUUCGACUUUCUGCACCAUUUGGAAAUGCGAUCCGAUACAAGGAGGAUGCGUUGCCUCAUCACCAAACUGUGACGAUGGUAACCCAUGUACAUUAGAUGUUUGUGAUUCCUCAACACAGGCCUGUGCACACAUACAAAAGAAUUGUUUCGAUAACGAUAGAUGCACGAAAGACUCUUGCAAUAUAGCCACUGGACAAUGUACUCAUUCACCAAUAUCUAACUGUUUUUAG